AUGAAACUUUUCGGCGGUCUCACCCUUGUCGCUGGUCUUGCUUCUGCUGCCUGCCCCACUGGCUGGACAGACCCCACUGGCAGCGGUAGCUGCGAGCCUGGUACAGGCUUCUCUUUCAUCUGCAAUGAUGAUGGAACUGUUUCCAUUGAAGCCGAUAUGGAGCAUUUCUUCGACGCGAUGCCUGCCGAUUUAGCUGCCAAUGUAGCGACCUUGAUCGUAGCCGCCGGCUGGACUCACGAAAACAACGACUACUUCUCUAUAACGGAUGACCUCACCAUGAGCCAAACUUCAUCCACCGAAAUUACCGGCACAUACACCGUUGCAGGCCAACAGACUUGGGCUCAACGUACGCUCGGCACUGGAAAUGAAGUCAUCGAUGUCGCUAGGGCUCUCUCUUUCGACAUUACAUGCACUUACGAUACCGAAUUCUCCAUUAACGUCGGCAACGUUGGCAUCGCCGCUUCUGAGACAUUCGAUGGAUAUUCUGACUCCAACACCAAUACUUUGGUCACUGCCGAACUCCAAGACAAUGCGGGCUCUACCGCAAGCACCUGGGUGCUUGGCGAAACAGUCAAUGUCGUGUUCACAGGACCUACCUGGGCUUUCCUCACAGUCAAAGAUUGCGUCGCCUAUUCCGAAAACUCAUACACCAACAAUCCAAUCACCAUCACUUAUGGAGAGUGCGUUCAAGAAGCUGUCGGCGCUUCGGUCACGGCUGACUCGACUUACAGCAAGCUUACCACCGGAAUUUCUUUCGAGGCCUUCAAGUACAACGCGAACGACGAGACUGCUUACCUCCAAUGCAACGUACUCAUCGGCCUCGAAAACGACAGUGGUCUUGCAUCAGCGGCGUUGGACAGCGACUUUGACGGCGCAGUUGAUACGAUCAAUACCGCUGGCGGAACUGUCGAAAGCAACGCCCUGACUUGCUAA